AUGGAAAGAGGAGAACUACCUUGGCUUUUGGUAAAUGAAAUUGGUGGCAUAUGUGGGAUACUGUAUAGCCAUGUGCCAUUCCUGAAGAAACAUUUCCACCUCAUUACCAUGAAGGAAUUUCUUGAAAACAUAAAGGAUGUAAGGAAAAAGGUCCCAAUCUAUUUGUGGUGGCACAGAUCAGUCAUCGACAAAGAGCUCCUCCAGACCCUGCCAAACUUGAAAGUGAUUGUGAAUUCAGGAGUGGGGAUGGAUCACCUGGAUCUAAAGCUUGUAGGUAGCUUUGGUAUGAAGAUGGCUAAUGCUCCACGUGCUGUUUCCAGCACCACAGCAGAAACUGGGAUGGCUUUGCUGCUAGCAUCUGCUAGAAGACUUGUGGAAGUCCAUAACAUUUCAACUUCCCCAGGUAUGGACUACUGUGAAGCUGAUAUUCUGGGAGUUAAAGUUGCUGGAGCUACUCUGGAGAUAGUUGGCAUGGGCAACAUUGGGUAUAAGAUUGCUGUGAGAGCCAAAGCAUUUGAAAUGAACAUUUUGUACCACAACAGGACACAGAGUCAGGGGCAAGAGGAGCAAGCUGUCAGUGCCACUUACUGCAAAAAGAUAGACAGCUUGUUCCAGCAGGCAGAUUUUGUGAUGCUUGUAGUGAGCCUGACACCUCAGACACACAAGCUGAUCAGGAAAAGAGAGCUGGAGCUGAUGAGACCCACAGAUACCCUCAUUAACAUCAGCUCAGGUGCAGUAGCUGACCAAGAGGCACUGGUGGCCACUGUGUAGACUGGUGUUAUCAGGGCUUUGGAUGUCACCUCCCCAGAACCACUGCCCAGAGAUCAUGCAUUGUUAAAAUUAAAGAACGUCAUAAUAACACCUCACCUUGGCAUUAAAACAGACAAGGCCACCUACAUGAUAACAGAGGAAGGAGUUGAAAACAUACUAGCAGCCCUGAAUGGUCUCCCCCUACCCAGUGAAGUGCUCCCUAGCUGA